AUGAAGUACCUUGAUAGCUUAGUAACAAAACUACAAAAUCACUCCAGAAAAAACUCGAACCUAGCAUCGAAUCAAGUCACUAAGCAAGAAAGAGCCUUCAUUACCCAUUUAUCUGGCUCAGAAUGUCCAAAGGUCAAGGUUGACCAACUAGAUUCCAGGAGAGAGGUGCUAGGACAAAACCCUAAAUUUCGAUUGGGAAUUAAUGAUUUCGAAAAGUUACGAACAUUGGGGACGGGAACAUUUGCGCGCGUGUGGCUUGUGAGACUAUCUAAUCCAUCCAAGGAAGAUCGUGAUAAAGUUUUUGCACUGAAGGUGCUACGAAAAGUGGAAGUGAUCAGACUUGGACAAGUCAAUCAUGUAAAAAAUGAGCGCCGUAUCUUGGCAGAUUUGGCAGGACAUUCUUUUAUCACCAAUCUGAUCACCUCCUUCUCUGACCAAGACUCGCUUUACUUGCUCCUUGAUUACUGCCCUGGAGGAGAAGUUUUUUCCUAUCUUCGUAAAUCCAGACGUUUCGACGAAGAUGUCGCUCGCUUCUACGCUACUGAAAUUGUAAUCAUUCUCGAAUAUCUGCACGAGUGUAAGGGAAUAGCCUACCGAGACUUAAAACCCGAGAACCUUCUUCUUGAUGCAGAUGGACAUAUCAAGUUAGUAGAUUUUGGAUUCGGCAAAAUUCUGGGCAAUCAAGAGACAUACACAUUGUGCGGUACUCCCGAAUAUUUAGCACCAGAAGUCAUUCAAUCUCAAGGUCAUACCACAGCUGUUGAUUGGUGGGCACUGGGAAUUUUAAUUUAUGAAUUCCUCACUGGAUAUCCACCGUUCUGGCAUCAAACAAAUGCUCUCGAAACAUACAAGCAAAUCAUAAGUAAACCAAUAACUUUUCCCACUGACAUUCUAAUCUCUCCUGAAGCUAAAGAUAUCAUCUACCAGUUUUGCACGACCAACCGCUUUUAUCGUCUCGGUAACAUCUCUGGUGGUGCAAAAAGGGUCAAGAACCACCCCUUUUUCCGCGGCGUGAUCUGGGAAGACGUCUACAGCCGCAAACACCGAGGGCCCAUCAUACCUCCUCUCCGCUAUCCUUCUGAUGCCCAAUGUUACGAUUACUAUCCAGACGAAACGAAAGAGUCAGAACCAUAUUCUUCAGAGCUGAGAUUAAUAUGGGAGGAUCAAUUCAAAGAUUUCUAG